AUGGCUGAUUCAGACGUAUCAAUGGUAAGAUUAGUAACUUCAUUCGAUAAAAAACUCAUACUAUAAAUACAAUGACAGAUAAACAAAACGGUGACUGAACCAUAGAUCUAGAUUCGUGUAAUACGUGUAAUAAGAAAGUCAGUAGUAUGUUAGGAAACUAAGCUAACAAUGGGAAUCCUCCUUAGAACGUCUCUCAAGCAAUAAGGAAAGCUACCUACAUACGCGAAAUUAACUUUGAACAUCCAACACCGAAAAUUAUUAUCAGUCCAAUUUAAUAGGGUGUCUCAAGCUUAUUCUUUUAACGUCUCGGAAACGUUUUUUAAUAGUUUUUUUUUUCGCUCGUAGGAUUCAAUCUUUCGCGGCUGGUAGAGGCCUCCUUCCCCUGGUAUUCGGCGGGCGGGAGGAAAAGAGAGAAAGAUUCUUCCCGCCCUCCGAUUAACAGGGAAAAGAGGCCUCUGCCAGCAGGGAAAUGUGAUCUUAAAUUUAUGCCAACUAUGACAUUGUGUUAUUUGACGAACAAAGUUAUGGUGGAAGAGGUCAGCCAGAGUUUCUCCUCUCUAGAAGGCUGUUUUUACCCAAGGCUUUGUUGAAAAAAACUGAGUAACUGCAACAAGAAGAAACUAACCGCUGUGUAUUUCUCCAGUUCAUUUUCCAAACAAAACAUCAAAAAACGAAAUAUAACAUUCACGGAAAACGUCAAACCCGUCUCUUUACUCAAGAGUCUCCUGUACUUUUUAUCACCGGACGUGAAUGAACUUCUACAAUUAGGAAAAGCGUUACUAGUUAGGAAGGUGCAGUGUGUGGGCGAGUUUCUAAUGCUAUCUUAUUCGCUUUUUUAAGGAAUCAGACUCUUCUGGUGACAAGAGGUGAGCAUCCUACACGCUAGAGAUCGGUUUUACAUGUUCUUAAUAAAGGUAUACUUAAUAACAUUUUACGGCUGUACCCUUUUAUGCGCAAAAACUUCAAGGAACGUCCAAGGAAGCAAAACGACACAACCUCAGUGCUGUGACGUGUUCAGUAUUUUAAUGGUAAAAUGUUACGUUCCUUUUUUUAGAAGGAGAUGCUCUUUCAAAAAGUGAAUAUUCUGGGGACAAGAACUUUUUCGACUGCUACUGACCUGACUUUUCCUUUUCCUUUAGCGACGAAGAAAUGGAUACAAGCAGCGAUUCCGGCAGUUCACCCUCAAAUCAGCUUGUGGUGCCCUUCGCGCUUGGGCAGGUAAAAAUACUGUUUACCAAACCUUCUCACCCAGAACAUCUACUAACAUCUAAUAUUCAAAACGAUGCUUUUAAAAAUAUACUCCACUGAUACGAAAAGCACAAACGAAUUUAAAUUCUAUGCUCUACUACAACACGCAUGGAAACAAAGUAAGACCGACCCACUGACACUGACCGAUUCUCUAAUCGAGUGAUUCGCCACGCGGUCGAGCAGCCCGAGUGACCAACAUCAACUUUAACAACUGAAAAGAAUGUUAAAAUCCUAUAAUUUUUGUUACAUCCCACGGCAACUCUCCUCUCCUUCUUUCAAAUUUCAGUCGAUGAGAAAAGCUUACUUUCCCUUUUGAACCGCAUUCACAACACAUAAUUCCAGCAUAUGUCCCAGAUUAAUCAAAAUGCUUAUUUUCUCUAACUUACUAGGGGCCUAACACAAACCAAGCUGUGUGCCAACAAAAUGAUCACCAGGCAAAUCAAGCCAGGUAAGACACUAAAAACAGUCAUGUCUAUAAAGAACUAUACUAAACAAAGGACCAUCUCCACCAUAUAGUACCUAAUAACCUGUACCCACCCUUAUCAACUUACUAGUAGUAAUCACAGGUUAUCACAGAAUAGGGACGCGCAUUCGGCCAAACGACCAGGGAAGGAAAGUGAUGAAUAACCUGCUUUCCGGUGCGAGAGAGUAUUGAACAAAUUUCUAGCCGAAAAUGACACAUUGACAAAGAUGUCAUAAAAAGCAUGUUGAAUUAGAGUGUGGUCACUGCAAGAGGCCAGAUCAUUUCGACUAGUUUAGAGAGACAGACUCACGCCUGUUACAAUAUGCACAACAACGUCUAAUAAAAAGUCAUAGUUUCACUUGAAAUUAAGCUGGGGGCAUAGCUCUGCGGACUCUAUUCUACAAUUCGGCACAUUUUUAGGGCGAGCAAAGGCUGUUUGUUACUGAUGAGUUUUUUGACCACUGAGACCGGCCGCCAUCUUUCAUUUUAUCGAUGACGAGAAUAGAAGUUAACCCACUGUUUUACGUAUCUUCCAGGUAUGGUCCACCAAACACUGUAGCGGCGUCGAGUCAUGUUCAGCCACAGGUGUAUAUGGAAUCUUCUAUUUUAUUCAGUAACCAAGUAACAAAAGCAACGUCGGCAAAACGGCAUAAACCGACAUUUUUGCCCCGAGGUGGCAAUUUUUUGGGCCAAAGAAGCUUACGCAUCAUUUCGUUAAUUCCUAUUUUCAUAAUUUACUUAAGUUAUGGGUUUUAACCAGGUUCUUUUUUUCCCUCAGGCUGGUGAUGACAUGCCGGAUCCUGUGGCAGUUUUUUGGUUCCUUGUCUUUAUGUGUCUCAUUUGCAGAAAUGUGAACUAA